CGCACAAGCGAGCACCGAGCUCAACAUGGCCCAACCAUUACCAUCCUCGUCGACUUCCCCUCCUGUUCCUCAUGCUUCUCCUAGCGGGACGGUCGGCGUCGUGGCAGACACAGCAGAUGCGGCGACAUUCACAACGGUAGUUGCGCCGCCUCGCAAAGCCCCCGACACCCAGCGCAAGGGCAGCGGCAAGAAGAACCCAUACGCCGGUGGUGCUGGCCCAUCCCCGGCCCCAGCAGCUGGCGAUCAGAGGCUAACCCAUCUAGUGAUCGACUCCGGAGCUAUCAUCAAAGGUGCUGGGAUGACCCUUGCGUCGGCCGCUGAGAACUUCUGGACCAUUCCGGAGGUGGUUGCUGAGAUCAGGGACAAGAAAGCUCGCCAACAUCUGGAAUCCCUGCCGUUCGAGCUCAAGCUGAGGGAGCCCUCCGACGAGGCCAUGAAAUUCGCGGCAAGCUUCGCGCGGCAGACGGGCGACUUGCGGUCGCUGUCGCGCGUGGAUCUCAAGGUCAUCGCCCUAGCGUACAUGCUGGAGAGGCAAGAGACCGGGGCGGUGCACCUGCGUACGGCGCCCAUUCGACCGGGUACCAAGGUCAACAGUAACCCCAAGGGGGUCAGUGCACCAACUCUGGCGCCGGCGAACGACGCCACAGAAGAAACUUCCGCGAAAGUUUUUGCGGAUGCCGCCCUCAAAGACGCGACGACGACGACAGGUGAUGUAAAUACUGCUGCUGCUGCUGCUACUGCUGACAGUGGAAAGCCCAGCGAGCGAGAACCCGAUACCCCAGCAGCAACAGCGAUAGGACGAAAGGAGAAGGAGGCGGCGGGAGAGGUGGAGUCUCUGUGUACCGCGGUAAAGCAGGCUUGGACGAACGAUGUUGGCACCGCUGGCGACGGGCAUGGCCCGGCGGCGGAGAACGAGAACGACGAGGACGAAGGAGAAAGCGAGGGUAGCGACGGCGGUAGCGCCUCAAACGGCGACGGAGAGGAGGAGGAGGAGGUGGAGGAGGAGGAGGAUGGCGACGACGCUGGUGACGAUGAUGAGUGGGAGCCGGAGGGCGACGGCGCGGAAAAAGCAAAGUCGGAAGACGCUGCCACCACAGCAAGCGCACCCUUCAGCGCGGACGACUUCCCCUCCCUGGGAGGGGGGAAGAGCGGACCGGUACCUGCCGCCGCCCCAGCCGCCGCUGCCGCUAGCACCUCUUCCCCCUUCCUCCCUCCGGCAGCAACUGCGGCGCUGGCAACAGCCCACGCGGACGCACCCACGUCGUCGUGGUCCCUCAUGGCGCGAUCGAACCCGGCGCCUUUCAAGGUCCCCGCCAAGGCCGACCCGGCCCCGUUACCCGCCGCGGCAGCGCCGCCGCUGGCUACCGACAACGACCCCGUGGGACAUUUCGCAACAAGCGGGGCAGCAUCGCCCGGUGCCGCCACCGCCGCCGCCGACCGUCCUCGGCCGGACGGCGCGACGCCCGGAACCUCUCGCAUCAUGAGCACGGCGGCGGCGUUCGGCGGGUGGGUCAACCCGUCCAACAUCAAGAGCCAGAAGGCGGCUGGCAUCGGCCUCAACGGCCCCUCGCAGACUCAGAGGAAGGGAAUCCACAAGGGCAGGUCGAAGGUGGCGAGCCAGUGCCGGGCGGGGUGCGUGACGACGGACUUCGCCAUGCAGAACGUCAUCCUCCAGGUGGGCCUGCCUCUCCUGUCCCUCGACGGCAUGGCCGUCCACCGCGUCAAGCAGUGGAUCCUGCGCUGCGCCGCGUGCUUCAAGACCUGCACCGAGAUGGGCCGGCUCUUCUGCCCCGUGUGUGGCAACGCCACCCUCGACCGCGUCUCGUGCUCCGUCAAUGCCAACAGCGGAGCGACGCGGGUGCACCUUCGCAAGAACCACAAGGUUAACCUCCGCGGGAGCAAGUUCUCGAUCCCGGCGGCGAACCCGGCGAAGGGGAGGUUCGAGGGGGACCUCCUGCUGCGGGAAGACCAGCUACUGUCCGGCAUCUGGGCGCAGAAGGCUCGCCGAAAGGAGAAAGACGUCAGCUCCAUGUUCGGAGAGGACAUCACCGGCAACGUGGGGCUCACCGUCUCCAAGUCGGCGGACAUAGUGGUGGGCUACGGCCGCAAGAACCCCAACUCGGCGAGAGGCCGAGAGCGGCGCGGGAAGAAAGGGGUGAAGACGAGGCUUUGACAUGGUCAUACAGCGCUCCAGUCCUACCGAAGUGUAGAGCCGGGUCUAAUGCCUACGCCAACCUGUAUCCAUGUCUGCUUUCUGGUACGUGUCUUAUUGUUGAAAGUAGUCGGCGUGUAUAGAUAGCUUCGUUAUUUUUGCUCUCUUUCCGGGAGAACCAAAGUGUGUUUGUCGCGCUGUCCCCAGCGAUGUGCCGUUGCCGCCGUUGCCGGGCUAUGUAUCCAUCAGGUUUAACAGAUUUGGCACACACGGAGGCAUGCUUGAAUGGCCGUGGUGUGUAAGCCCUGGUGGAAGGGCGAGGUCUUGCCGCUCAAGUGUCUGUGCCACCUCCAAAGUAGCAUUAGUACAUCCAGCGGGGAGGUUGUGAACUGAACGAGAAGCUUACUCUUAAUGUUUGAUACGACGGGGAGAUGUUGUGAGUUGGGCGUGGUCGUUUUUCGUCUGGGGCGGGGAUUGCAUUGAUCAGCCGAUCGUCCAUCGCCGGUUGUAUGCAUAACUGCGCCGAAUCAAUAGCUGUUGUUCUGUUUGUCUACGCUUGACUGUUUUGAACAGCUCUUCUGAGGUGCAGGCUGUUAGAUAUACGACAUAUCCACUGAGCUUAACAGUCAGCGCUGACUGUUUAGCUCAGUGGAUAUGUUGUACAUCAAACACAGGCAUCAAUAUGAGUAACUGGGACACGCCAAAGCGUAAGGUGCGGUUGUGGUCUCUCUCCUUGUCUGUCCAACGGUUCAUGGGGCGGGAUGUCUUUACACAAGUUACUCUUGGAGAGGAAUGCGGACCGGGGGCGUCAUGGUUGUGCGAUGCACAUCUGCAAAAAAUGCGCAAGUGCCGUUACUUCUUCGACGUGUCCUCACGAUACACGCAGUGUUGAUCGAUGCGUGCUCCCUUGUGAACCGUGCUAAUGAGGUUGGUGCUUCGCCUCUUGAUGCAAAGCCCCUAUUAUUGAGAUCGCUGCGAUCGACUAGCCCCGUCUGAUUUGAGUCGUGAACAGCUGUGCUACAGCUGUCCUCCGGACUGCUGGCAACAAUAAUUGAGGCGAACUGUUCUGC